AUGUUACAAGCUAAUUUCAUAACUGAUUGUCCACCUGAUAGUAUAGAAUGGUGUCCUAUACGUCAAGAUGUAUUUGCUUGUGGUACCUAUCUAUAUAAUCCAGAAACUAGUACAAGACAAGGUUCUAUAUAUUUAUUUCAAUAUAAUUCAUCGACAAAAGCAAUCGAUACAAUUCAACAUCAAUUAACCGAUGGAAUACUUGAUUUGAAAUGGAUAAAAUGUUCAUCAGAUCUAACUCUUCUUUCGACUGUCUCUGCACUCGGGCAAUUAUCGUUAUAUUCAUUGAAUGAUUUUAGCAAACCAGUCCUAUGCGAAAACGUAACCAAUGAUCAAACCAUAGCGUUGUCACAUUCAUGGUUAUAUUCAACGAAUAACUACGUUAUCAUCAGUGAUCAACAAGGUUAUUUAACAUUAUGUGAGUUAGACAAUUCGAAUGGUCUACGUUUUACUCAAUCAUGGUUAGCACAUGAAUAUGAAUGUUGGACAAGUGCAUGGGAUAAACACGAUACGAAUAUAAUAUAUUCCGGUGCUGAUGAUACACUAUUGAAAAUUUGGGAUAUUAGAGAUUAUAAACAGCCCGUACAUGUCAAUCGAAAACAUACAAUGGGCAUAUGUUCAAUAUUAUCGAAUGAUUUUAAUCAAUUUGAAUUUUUAACAGGCUCAUUUGAUGAAUAUUUAAGACAAUGGGAUAAACGUCAAAUGAAUCAACCAUUAAAAGAAAUAAAAUUAGGUGGUGGUGUAUGGAAAAUUAAGCCACAUCCUUCGAAUCAAAAUAUACUUCUAUGUGCUUGUAUGCAAAAUGGUUUUGUUAUUGUCGAUUUAAAAUCGUCCGCAAUUUUAUGCAAUUAUAAAGAACAUGGAUCCUUAGCUUAUGGGUGCGAUUGGCAAUACAAUGAUUCAAUAAAUCAAUUAACUGAAUUAAUGGAUGAUUGUAUGAAUCAACAAGCUACUACAACAUAUGAUAAAAAGAUUUUAUCAGAAAGUUUAAUUGCUUCUUGUAGUUUUUAUGAUAAAACUGUUCAUGUUUGGAAACAACAAACAUAA